AUGUCCGUAUAUGUAAUUGUGGACGAUUCGGACAACGGCAUUGAUUAUUCGCCAGUGGCGAUUAAUGCCAACGGUCAGAUAAGCACCUCUCCCCAAGCCGAGGUAGAUGGAUGGUUCGUCGCUGGAACUGGAGAUCCAAGUGAGUUCCUCAAGACGACGUCUGGAUCCGGUCUGGCAUCAUCGACGAUGACAUAUACAUUCGAUGGAUCCUCGAUCUCCGUUUUUGGUACCACACCUGGAAUCAGCGUAGGGACCGUCAAUUACACCAGCACCAGUGUUUCAUUCAGUAUCGAUGGAAGUACAUCCUCAACCAUAACUACUCAAGUUCCUCCGAACACCCGUCGCCACGUCCCUUUCUUCGUCUCUCCUGCACUCUCUCCUUCCUCGCACACACUCGAAAUAAAAGUCCUUACGUCUGCCCCUGCGACGAACGAGUCCGACUUCCUCGUCGACUAUCUCAUCUACAACGCACCAGUAAACUCGACGAUACCUACGGAUACCGAUGGACAACUGACUAGCUGGAUAUUCAUCGACGACCGGAGUCCAUAUUUGAACUACUCAGAGGGCGGGUGGUCUGAUGAUGUACUUAAUUUUCCGGGGCAGGCGGACUUCAACCUUACGGACGCGAGCCUCAACUCCAGCGUGACGGGACCAACUGGACCGUCUUCCACAGUCUCUUUGAACCUCACCGGUACCUCCAGCAUCAGAGCAUACGGAAUGAUCAUCGACCCUGCCACCAUCCUCGGCACUUUUGCGUUCGACGGACAGCCUCCAUCUCCACUCUCUCUUCCUUCAACAACGGCAUCGUAUCCAGUAUACAACUGGGAACUUCUAGACGUCUCCAACCUUGCCUCGGAGGACCCUCAUACCCUCGAGAUCAAGGCUGCCGCUGCAAAUUCGUUUUACCUCGAUUAUAUACUCUUGGAUGCCGGAUCCGCGUUCAUUACCGCUCCUUCGUCUCUUUCGUCAUCGACGAGUGCGGUUUCUCAGCCUACGAGCACGGGUGGCGGGCGUGGAGGCGCGACAUCGAGCAAACAUACGGACGUGGGUGUGAUCGUUGGUGGCGUUGUUGGUGGUAUCGUGGCACUGUGUGCUGUGGGCAUAUCGGUGCUUGUAUGGUUGCGGAGAAGACGGAGAUUAUCCCGUUCAAACGAUAGUAUAGGAAGAGGUACAGUCACUGAAGACAGGUAUUGCUCGAGAGUCGAAACGCUGGAGGGAGGUAUGCCUGCUGGGGUGUAUCAGGGGCAUACCGCUGACUCGCGUGAGUUUGGAUCCGCUCUCGGCAUCAUUCCUUUCCCCACUUCGAGUCAUCUUACAACCUCACGCACCAACUCAGCCUACCUCAAUUCACGGUCUGCCAGUGGAAAAGUCGGAAGUGACACACGCACGCAGGCUGGGACCGUACCUUCAGCUUCGCGCUACGAACCACACACGAACACGCACACGAACACUAACACAAACACGUCGGACAUUGACACACCUACCAGUAGAAGAGUGGCAGGAGGGACUUCAGUGGCGUCCUCUGGCGAGGCCAUGUUCGUGGAGAGUGAUAGUGGUUUGAGAGGGAUUGUGGGGCUUCCGCCGCAGUAUACCGCAGAAUAA